CUUUAUAAGAACUACUCUAUGCUUUCAACUUUUAACUGAAAUGUCAAAUUGAAAAUAACGUGAGUUCUAAUAAAAAUGUCAGAAGAAUCAAUUAUGUCUACUAUUAACCAGAGAAUUAAAAUGGAACCACAGGAAUAUUCUGCAGAAAACAUUAAACUCGAAAUUCCGGAUGAAUUUGAUGCUAUUGUUAAGUCUGAAGAAGAUAAUGAUACUUGUCUGGAAAGAUUCUUGAAUUCCGAAGUGACGAUAGAAGAAGUAGUCAAACAGGAGAUAAUUGAGACACCUACUUUUGAAUGUGAUAUUUGUAAUGAAUCUUUUCCAGAAUCACAACAAUUAGAAGAGCACAUGGUCGAUCACAUGCCUAGCAAGGAAGGCCCACAAAAAUGUAACGUGUGCUUUGAAACAUUUGAAAUGCCCUCAAGUUUGGCAAGACACAUGCGUUUCCAUAGCUCAGAACGACAUUUCCAAUGCAAUAUCUGUAAUAAAAGGUUUGCACGGUUAUCUGUAUUGCAGAAUCACAUGCUUACGCAUUCUCAAGAACGUCCCUUUCAAUGUGAAAUAUGCGACAAAGCAUUCACACAAAGAGGCGGUUUGGAAUCGCAUAUGCUCAACCAUACAGGGGAACGCCCGUUCAAAUGCAAAAUGUGCAAUAAGACAUUCAAACAGAAAAGCCAUUUGAAACCACACAUGCUUUUCCAUUCAGGAGAGCGACCUUUUAAAUGUGAAAUAUGCAAUCAAAGCUUCACACAAUUAUUUCUUUUGGAUCAGCACACUAUUUCUCAUUCUGAAGCUCGGCAUUAUCAAUGCAAGAUAUGCAAUAAGACAUUCAAACAAACAGGUCAUUUGAAACAACACAUGCUUCUUCACAGUGCAGUAAGCCUCCAUAAAUGCACGAUAUGUCCUAAGACAUACAAACGAAAAUAUGAUCUACAAAAGCACUUGCUUAUUCAUAAUUGUGAAAUGUGAAAUAAAGAAGGGAUGAUUAAUGUGAAAUAUGAAAUAAAGGAGGGGUGAUACUCUGUACAAUCUAGUAAACUUCCCAAAAACUUCAGAUUUUAAAAUCAUCAUUGGUAAAAAUGUAUUUAAAAAGUAAAAAUCACACUUCUAAAAGACUUCUACACAGAUAG